GCCACCGCCCCCUGCGCACCCUCGCUGCCCCAGGAUUGCGAAUUCGUGCCCCUGACCUGUUGGGCGGGGCUCUGCGCUCCUGCCCUCGGCCCUCGGAUGGGGCUCCUGGCUGGGACUCGGGGCUCCUGGAGUUAAUGUCCAACCGGGGGUCUGCGGAGACCGGAGCCGAGGUGCCGCCGCCGGACGGGACUCUAAGAUGAAGUUAUGGGAUGUCGUGGCUGUCUGCCUGGUGCUGCUCCACACCGCGUCCGCCUUCCCGCUGCCCGCCGGUAAGAGGCCUCCCGAGGCGCCCGCCGAAGACCGCUCCCUCGGCCGCCGCCGCGCGCCCUUCGCGCUGAGCCGUGACUCAAACACGCCAGAGGAUUAUUCUGAUCGGUUUGAUGACGUCAUGGAUUUCAUUCAAGCCACCAUCCGAAGACUGAGAAGGUCGCCCGAGAAGCAGGUGGCCGUGCCGCCCCGGAGGGAGCGGAAUCGCCAGGCCGCGGCCGGCAGCCCGGAGAGUUCCAGGGCCAAAGGGCGGCGAGGCCAGCGGGGCAGAAACCGGGGUUGUGUCUUAACGGCAAUACAUUUAAACGUCACUGACCUGGGUUUGGGCUACGAAACCAAGGAGGAACUGAUUUUUCGGUACUGCAGCGGUUCCUGCGACGCGGCCGAGACAAUGUACGACAAGAUAUUAAAAAACUUAUCCAAAACCAGGAGGCUGGUGAGUGACAAAGUAGGGCAGGCUUGCUGCAGACCCAUCGCCUACGACGACGACCUGUCGUUUCUGGAUGACAACCUGGUUUACCACAUUCUAAGGAAGCAUUCCGCCAAAAGGUGUGCGUGUAUCUGACUCGGGCUCCGGAGACUGCCGUGUAUUGCAUUCCUACUACGGUGCAUAGGAAGGGACCAAGGUUCCCAGGGAAUGUUAGCCCCGAUCGGAAGAUGAGGACCAAGGAGGCGGAGGAGGAGGAAGGAGGAGGAGGAGGAAGGCAGCCGUUGGGGGAGCCUGGUAGAGGGAGAUCCAGCUACAGAGAACUGGACGGGAGAGAAAACAGCCAUCUGGACUCUCCCGGCCGCCAGCCGAUGUCACCAGAAGCUCAGGGCUGGGGUCCCUGGCUGGGUGUUUCCUGUCAUCUGACACAGCCCACCAUGGCCAGUCCCGGGCAAAGUUGCGGAUGCACUUGAAACCAAACCAGUGUAUCUCCUGUGGUUUAUUUUCACAUGUCUGGAGACACCCGGGAAGCGGUCAUCCUGGUGUCGUUCCUUGUCAUGACGUUUUACCGUGGAAAUCGAGAAAGGUUAUUUUUCUGUCACUCAGCGGAGACAUACCCCGGAAAGGAGGAAGAAAACGAAACAACACAACACAACACAAAAAGCAAAGACACAAGAGAUCGUUACCCUUGAAUUUGAAAGUUGAGGCCUGAGGUUUGCUAAAGCCAGCAUGUUUUGCGAACGGUCGGCCGGUGAUUGAUUUGGAACCUGGUGUGUGGGGUGGGAAGAAGCUGGCUAGGAACCAAAAAGGCUGUCCUCCUGACUAAAAACAAACCUGAAGGUAUUUCCUUGAUGUCCUUGGAAAUAGCAGCAUUCUUGCAGGAGAGUGAGUGGGGAAGGCCUCCAGCCGCCCCGGGGCAGGGGGACCCGCUGGGCCUGUCGGUUUACAGAGAGACAGAUGUUACAUACCCCCAGCUCCAUUUAUGCAUGGUCACCAGUGACCAGAGAAGCUACUCGAUGCAAUGCAUCUGUUUCAGAAUACAGAAAUAUAGAGAAGAUAUUUAUUGAGAUUUAAGUUAUUGUUAUUUAUUACCGUUCACUAAUGAGUUGCUCUUCUUUUCCCUUAUUUAUUAAAGUUUCUUUUCAAAGGUGCCAAAGUAUAUGUGCUCGCAAAAUGCAAAGAAAAGUGACAAAGGAAAUUUUGAUUGGGAACAAGGGUCCAUGCUUUUCAAAGUAUUAAAAAAAGUUUUUCGCUAGGCAAAAAUCACUUACUUUACCUUUUUAAGAAAAGCCCUCCUUAAUCUCCCUCCCCCUCCCACCCAUUUCGCCUCUUCCCUAUUUUAAUUUUUGAAAAAAGGAAUGCGUCAGAAGGAGCACUUCUGACAGGCCCCCUUCUCGGGAGCGGCGCACAAAGACGCGUGCUCGCUGUUCCACCGCCCAACAGAUCCACCACACGCUUCCCUUUCCGUUGCGUGUAAGCUCUUACUCCCGACCACACAGAUCUAUCUAUGAGAUGCAUAACCGUGUAUAUGAAAGGGUAAAUCCCUUUUAGUAAGUAGUCCUGGAUUCAGUGCUGACCUAAAAGUAAGAUCAAAAUCCUGUCAGCUAGCCAUGGUUCUGCUGUGACUUGUGGAGACUCUUCCUCCAUCCUUCCAUCCACCCACCGUCUUCUAGAGAAAUAUGCUCACGCCCAGUGCAGUCAGGGAGCAUGUUGCCGGCCUUCCAGAAAUGGGAUCUACCUGGGUGCCAUAAGAGCCCCUUGGCUGUCACCCUGGGACAACAGUCGCUGUCCCUGUCAGAAGAAGGUGGCCCAGAAGGGAGGACGAGGAAGACGUGUCUGGCCUAGCUGCAUGCACACACCAAGUCUCCUGCCCACAGAAUGCCCUACCUGUACGAUGAACGCUUUUGGGGGGGGCAGGGGUGUAGGACGGGAAAACCCAGCUCCUCACAUGAGUCCCAGAGGUGGGUUUGCCUGGCAGCUGACCCAGGCUCAAGGUGCUGGGCCCUAUCUUAGAGUUUGUUGCAUGUUUCGUAAAAGGGAUUUUUAUCAAGGAAAUCAUCUAUCACUAUCCAAGUAGCUAAUAGCCCGAAAGUGUGACAGAUUUAGCAAUUAAAUGACCUACUGGCCUCCCUCAAUCAUGUGAAUUUUGCAAAGUAGCCAAGAGGCAGCAUUUACCAGACAUCCCUUCCCCCAAGCCCCAAAAGACUCAAGUUCACCAUCAUUCUGUCCCUCUCUGUCUUUUCUGCUCCCCUUGCACAACCUGGAAAUAAAGGAAAAGGACCCCCCUCCCACCCUCUCCUGGGGCCAGAGUGGGGACCCCGCUGAAGAGCAGCCUGCUUCAAACAGUGACAGACCCAGCCGUCUGGUCAUUCGUGAAGCACAAUGUAAUGUAACCCCAGGAUCAUCUGUCCGGUUCAGAGAAUCCUGGCGGAUUUGGUGGCUGGUGUCCCCAGGUGUCAGCCUCAGUUAUCCCCCCGAUUCCCAUGGAGAGUCCCUGCUCACAGGGGCUCUAGGAUACAGUGGAUGUGGACAGCUCGUUCCCGGCAUCACCUACACACCAUAAGCAAGUUUUAACUGAAGCAAAUCACUCCACCAAAUCCACAAAAAGGGUAAAGUUUGUGAUUUUUCUAUAUCAUUGCGAUUACCAUCUGAUCCGGUAAGGAGUGCACUUCUUUGGAAGUUCUGACUUCUCUGAUCUGUCUCAGUCGUUUGUGUUAUACAACCAAAGUUCUCUACAGACUUUAUUUUUGUACAAUAUCAUUUUGUAACU